CUCUUCCCCUCGGUGCCCGAAACCCUCGUCUCCAUGCUCCCCCUCUCCCGGUUUCGCCCAAACUUCCCAUCGCUACUCAAACCCUCGCUUCUGUCGCUCCCCCCUCCCCCUCCCCCUCCCCCUCCCAGUUUCGCUCAAAAUCAUCGCCUUCGCGAGCGAAACUUCGUGGGAAGGCAACGACGGGGUCGCGGCUUACAGAGACAACCGAAGCUCCCAUAUUUCUCAUCCUUCCGCUCGGCUCCUACCGGAAACCAUUGACGAAGUUUAUUUGAUUGUUAAUUAAAGAAGAUGGAAGAUGAUCAGCAGGUAGUUACCCAAUCUCCCAGCAUGACUGAAUAUUCUAGAGUUAUUGAGGCUCCUUCAGCAUACGAUAUGUCUAAUUCAGAGAAGGGAGUUGAAAAUUUGGACCAACCUGGAUCAUUAGCCGAUGCGUCAGGUCCCUUAGUUCAAAAUUUUAACCCUGGGAAUGAGAAUGUCUAUGCUCAUGGCACAACUUAUGGUUCAGCCCAUGCUGGAAAUGGGAAUGUUGCAUGUGAUUCUAUGGCUGCUGUUGCCACUGAUAACCUUGUUAGACAUGAAGUGGAGGCAGCUGUUCCCACUCAUGCUGUCAGCUAUGAUUCAACAAACGGAGUUCCCGGUGAAAUGGUUGAAUAUCAGUCUUCGGAUGUUGUUGAAUAUGGGGCUGCAUCCGCUGUUCCCGAUGCGCAUGCUGGGGCACAACAUUUUGAAGAAGUGUAUUCUGCUGAGGAGGAGAGGCUAUGGAAUGCUGUUAGGAUUAACUGUUUGGAUUUCAAUGCGUGGACAGCCCUCAUUGAGGAGACUGAGAAAGUUGCAGAGACUAACAUCUUAAAGAUUCGCAAAGUUUAUGACGCUUUCUUGGUCGAGUUUCCCUUGUGUUUUGGCUACUGGAAGAAGUAUGCUGACCACGAGGCUCGUCUAGACAGUGCUAACAAGGUUUUGGAGGUAUAUGAGCGAGCCAUUUUGGCUGUCACCUACUCUGUGGAUAUUUGGUUGCACUAUUGUCUUUUUGCAAUAUCAACUUAUGAGGAUCCAGACAUCAUUCGAAGGUUGUUUGAAAGGGGAUUGGCUUAUGUUGGAACUGACUAUCUUUCGUACCCACUGUGGGAUGAGUAUAUUAGAUAUGAAGAAUCACAACAAGCGUGGAGCAAUGUAGCCAUGAUUUAUACCAGAAUUCUUGAGAAUCCAUUACAGCAACUGGAUCGCUAUUUCAACUGUUUUAAGCACUUGGCUGCCAGUCGACCUUUAUCUGAAAUACGGACUGCUGAAGAAGCUGCCUUAUUGUCUUCUUCCGUGGAAUUUGAUGGUCAUGGUGUUGAGGGUGAGGUUUGUCCUGAUGGUGUUGAGCAAUCUUCUAAAGCCAUAAGUGCAAGCUUAACGGAAGUGGAGGAGUUGGAGAAAUAUCUUGCAAUUAGGGAAGAAAUGUAUAGUAAAGCUAAGGAGUUCGAUUCUAAGAUCAUUGGUUUUGAAACAGCUAUUAGAAGGCCAUACUUCCAUGUCAGACCUCUUGACGAUCCAGAGCUUGAGAACUGGCACAACUAUCUGGAUUUUACUGAGAGGGGAGAUGAUUUUAACAAGGUUGUCAAGUUAUAUGAAAGAUGUUUGAUUGCUUGUGCCAACUAUCCUGAAUACUGGAUCCGCUAUGUGUUAUGCAUGGAAGCUAGUGGAAGCAUGGAACUUGCUAUCAAUGCUCUGGCACGGGCUACCCAAGUUUUUGUGAAGAAGCAACCUGAGAUACAUCUUUUUGCUGCUCGAUUCAAGGAACAUAGUGGAGAUAUUUUAGGUGCACGCUCAGAGUAUGAGCUUCUUUACUCAGAAAUAUCACCUGGUUUUCUAGAAGCGAUACUGAGGCAUGUGAACAUGGAAUAUCGCUUGGGAAACAAGGAGGAUGCUCUCUCUAUAUAUGAGAAGGCUAUUGCUGCUGAACAGGAAAAGGAUCAGUCGCAAAUAUUACCAAUGUUGCUUAUUUUGUACUCACGCUUCUUGUAUCUGGUUGCUGGUAAUGCUGAAAAAGCAAGGGAUAUUUUUUCUGGAGCCCUAGAAAAUACGGAGUUGUCAAAACCUAUUCUUGAGGCUGCUAUUCAUUUGGAAUCAAUUCUACCUUUUCCUAAGCGUAUUGAAUAUAUAGAUUUACUGGUUGAGAAGUUCACUACACCUAAUACAAACAACUGUAUGGCAAGCCCAACUGACAGGGAGGAUAUAUCUUACAUAUUUUUGGAGUUUCUAGAUCUCUUUGGAGACCCUCAUUCAAUAAAAAAGGCUGAAGACCGGCAUGCAUUGCUGUUCCUGCGACAAAAAAGCGUUUUGGUAUCAAAAAAGCGACGUGCAAAUGAUUUUCUAGCAUCAGAGAAAGCAAAAAUUGCAAAGAGUGCUCCUAUACCUGCUCAAUCUGUCAUGGGAGCAUAUCCUAGUUCUCAAAACCAGUGGCCUGUUGGUUAUGAACAAAAAGUUCCUUCUUGGCCCCAAGGGAAUCCACAGACACAAGGGCAACCCUGGAAUCCGGGGUAUCCAUCGCAGGCCGGAUAUGGUGCGUACAGUUAUGCGAGCUAUGGCCAGCCUCAGAUGCCUACUUCGAUAGCUCAGGGUACUACACAUGUUACCUAUGCUCCAAGUUAUCCAGCUCAGGCAUAUCCGCAGCAAACCUAUGCCGUCCCAGCUACAGCAGCAACAGCAUCUGUGGCAGGAUUUCCACAACAACCAGCAGCAGCUGCGCAGCCAUACUAUGCUGCUAGUUAUUAUUGAUUGUUUCUAUAACCACACUAAUUUUGGCGAGCUGUAUAUCAGGUGUGGUCUCUUUAACCACCAUUAUUUCUUUUUCUUCUUUUUUUUUUUUUUUGCUUCUUGUUGCCUAUUUCUUCCGCAAGUAUGCUUGCAUUGUUGUGUAAACUUUAGCUGUAGAAUGUUUUUAAAUGCUGAUAUUGAUCGUAGAUUGCUGAAGUCAUGUAGAAAUUUAGUUUUCUUUUUUUUUUAUUUAAUAUUUUAUUUGAUUGUU